AUGAAGGUCGCAACUCUCCUUGCUUUUGCCACGGCUGUGUUCGCUGCAGACACUAUCAACAAUGAGCACCUCAAGACCGAAGUCACCCAUGCCGUAAAAUGCACCCGCAAGGCCACCGCUGGCGACAAGAUUUUCGUACACUACCGUGGUACCCUCGAGGAUGGUACUGAGUUCGACGCCUCUUAUGGUCGCGGAGCGCCUCUCGACUUCACCGUUGGCAAGGGCCAGGUGAUUAAGGGCUGGGACCAAGGCCUGCUCGGCAUGUGCCCUGGCGAGAAGAGGAAGCUGACCAUUCAGCCCGAUUGGGCGUAUGGCUCCCGGGGUACCGGACCCAUUCCUGGAAACAGCGUCUUGAUCUUCGAGACGGAGCUUGUCUCUAUCGCCGGCGUCGAGAAGGAGGAAUUGUAG